CCAAGUAACAGCUGGGUGCUCCCUGAUGGGGUUUGAUUUAAACCGGCACUGGGCAAAUCCAUCUCCUUGGGCUCAUCCCACACUGCACGGAGUGAAACAGCUCAUCAUCGACAUGUACAACAAUCCGAAGAUUAACCUGGAGUUCUAUAUUGACAUCCAUGCCCACUCCACCAUGAUGAAUGGCUUCAUGUAUGGGAACAUCUUUGAAGAUGAGGAAAGAUUUCAGCGACAGGCUGUUUUUCCCAAGCUACUCUGUCAGAAUGCUGAAGACUUCUCUUAUUCCAGUACAUCGUUCAACAGAGAUGCUGUGAAAGCAGGGACAGGCCGGCGUUUCCUUGGCGGGCUGUUAAACGAUACAUCCUACUGCUACACUCUGGAGGUCUCGUUCUACAGCUACAUAUUGGGUGGACCUGCUUCUGCUGUCCCCUACACAGAAGAAGCCUAUAUGAAGCUUGGAAGAAAUGUGGCCAGGACGUUCUUGGAUUACUACAGGCUGAACUCCUUGGUGGAGAGACCACUAGGAACUACUCCUAAAACUCGGAAGGACAAACUGCCGCACUUUAAAUGCACUGCCCAGCGAGGCCCAGGGAACAGCCAUGCUGGCAGCAAGCCAGAGAAGAGGAGCCAGGCACAUCUGAAGGACCAGUCUCUCUCCACACGAUGAGAGGAGAGGAGAGAAGAGGAGAGGAGGGCUGCAGGGCAAGGCGGAGGAGCACGUCGCAGUCUGGAAUUGAUGAUGUUUCUCUUUUUUUUUCUCCCAGACAAGUAUUUCUAAGAUAACAAAUAGUCCAAGGAGAGAAGAGGGAGAGGGAAUUAGCUAGAAAUUUUACUAUUGAUUCUUUUUUAUUUAUAGAUGGUGAAUCAAUUUUAGGGCUUUUUUUUUU